GAAAAAAGGGGGGGAGGAGGGGUGAGCGGAGCGGAGGUGAAGAAGAGGAUGAUGAAGCUGGGAGAGCGGAGGAUGGGAGGAAGAGUGGAGUGAGUGAGAGAGAUAGAGAGAGAGAGCGAGAGAGAGAGAGAGAGAGAGAGAGAAGACAGGCUGGCUAGCCGAUGACUGUGGGUGCCUGCCUGCGAGGCUGAGUGUGUGGCCGGUCGGUCGGUCGGUCGGUGGGAGUUGUGGAGGGACGGACUGCAUCGUUAACUACCGGAUUGGAACAAAAGCAGCGCGUUUUAAACCUGCGGGGACUCGCCGUAACGGAAAGUUUGAACUUUUCUCCCACCGCCGCCGCCGCUCGGGCUCUCACCGUGCCGGCUCCCCGGCUUUGUUCCGCCACAGCAGCCGCCGAGUCCGCCGCCGAUACAUGCAGGAAUAAUAAACUACCAGCCGCUGCGCGUUUGAUUGUUAUCCGCCGAAGAGGGGAACCCCGGGCUUGUGUUCGCCGAGUGGAGUGAGAGAAUGGCGGCCAACAUGUACCGAGUAGGAGAUUAUGUGUAUUUUGAGAACUCGUCCAGCAACCCCUACCUGAUCCGCAGAAUAGAAGAACUAAACAAGACGGCCAAUGGAAACGUAGAAGCCAAAGUGGUGUGUCUCUUCAGGAGGAGAGAUAUAUCUGGCAAUCUAAACACGCUUGCAGACAGCAAUGCCAGAGACUUUGAGGAGGAGUCCAAGCAGCCACCAAUUGCGGAGCAACAGAAACACCAGCUUAAACACAGAGAACUGUUCCUGUCCCGACAGUUCGAGUCUCUUCCUGCCACACACAUUCGGGGGAAGUGUAAUGUCACACUUCUGAAUGAGACUGAUGUUUUAACAAGCUACCUAGAGCGAGAGGACUGUUUUUUCUACUCAUUGGUAUUUGACCCAGUCCAGAAGACCCUGCUGGCUGACCAGGGUGAGAUCAGGGUGGGCUCCAAAUACCAGGCUGAAAUCCCUGACAAAUUGGCUGAAGGUGAAUCAGACAAUCGAGUACAGGAGAAACUGGAGACAAAGGUGUGGGACCCAGAUAACCAACUGAAGGACUCUCAGAUAGAUCAGUUUCUGGUGGUGGCUCGGGCUGUGGGGACAUUUGCCCGUGCAUUAGACUGCAGCAGCUCUAUUCGCCAGCCCAGCCUGCACAUGAGCGCGGCAGCUGCAUCCAGAGACAUUACGCUGUUCCAUGCUAUGGACACACUGCAGAAGAAUGGCUAUGACCUGGCCAAGGCCAUGUCCACACUGGUGCCGCAGGGCGGGCCUGUGCUAUGCCGGGACGAGAUGGAGGAGUGGAGUGCCUCGGAGGCCAUGCUGUUCGAAGAAGCGCUGGAGAAAUAUGGAAAAGACUUCAAUGACAUUCGCCAAGAUUUUUUGCCUUGGAAGUCGCUAGCUAGUGUGGUCCAGUUCUACUACAUGUGGAAGACCACAGACCGUUACAUCCAGCAGAAAAGACUGAAGGCAGCAGAAGCAGACAGUAAACUGAAACAGGUUUACAUCCCCACCUACACCAAACCCAAUCCCAACCAGAUCAUGGCUCCUGGUAACAAGCCUGGCAUGAACGGAGCCGCAGGUUUUCAGAAAGGCCUGUGCUGCGAGAGCUGCCACACUGCCCAGUCACCUCAGUGGUAUGCAUGGGGACCUCCCAACAUGCAGUGUCGACUCUGCGCCUCUUGCUGGAUUUACUGGAAGAAGUAUGGUGGGCUGAAGACCCCCACGCAGUUAGAAGGAGCUACAAGAUCUGGCUCGGAUGCAGCCCCACGUGGUCACAUGACUCGUCAGGAAGUGCAGGGCAUGUCUCCAUUUACCAGCAGCGCCGGCAGAGCAAAGCUAUUGGCCAAGAACCGGCAGACGUUUAUUCUGCAGACCACCAAGCUGACCCGCAUCGCCCGGCGUGUAUGCCAAGACAUUCUACAGUCUCGCCGGGCUGCCCGCCGCCCUUACGCAUCCAUUAAUGCCAAUGCCGUCAAAGCAGAGUGUAUGAUAAGACUCCCUAAGGCAUCAAAGAGUGCUAUAAAGAACCGCCCUGUUCCACGACCAUCCCUCGUCAACAUAGUAAAAGAACUUGCUGUCCAGGCUCCUCUUAAACUCAAAGCUCCCCGUGGUGCUCCCACCCCUAUCAACCGCAACCAGGCAAGCCAACCCCGCAGCGCCCCGGCCCUGCUUGGGAAGAGGCCCUUUGAUAGCGGAAGUUAUGUGGGAGGGCACCCCUUUUCCACCAAUGGGAGGCCAUUUAUGUCCAGCAUGAGAACAACUUCCCAGUCAGUAAUAAAGCGUCAGAGAGUCAGCCAUGGAGAUGCCCCCAAUCCUGUAGUGUUUGUGGCUACUAAAGAAACCAGAGCACUGAGAAAACACCUGACCCAAGCAGAGAUGCGGCGGGCAGCUAGGAAACCAAACAUCCCUGUCAGGGUGAAAAUUCCUCUGCCUCCACGGCCACUUCCUGUACCCAUCCUGCCCUCCAGUACCAGCGAGCCAAUUGUGCUGGAGGACUAAAGCACCUUUCUGUUAGGCCACACCCCUUGCCAUCACACAUCAGAUUCCACCACGUUUAGAUGUUUGUCUCUUCUCCCACCAAAACCUGAUUUUUGCAAACCCUCAUUCACAUCAACUCACUGUUUUACUCUGUUUCAAUGUAUCUCUCUCUUUGUCUGUCCGUUUCUGUCUGUUUGCUUGUCCAUCUCUCUUAUUCUCUGGUGCUGUUUCUCACUCUCGCUCUGUCAGCAAACACGCAUACAGACACUCAGACCAGCGUAAGCCCCACGCAUCUCACAGCAGCAGGCUUUGGGCAUGGACUUUGUAGUGUUUUAUUCCAGUGUUAUGGUUUAAUUUUUCCCCCUCCUUUCCCUCCCUUUCCUCUUUUUUAAUGGCAGAUAUUUUUAACUGUGUAAUUUAAAUCAGAUAAUGCUCAACAUGAAAUAAUGGUGAUAAAGCACACUUUAUUUUUUUCCUCCAGGUCGAUCUUUAUUUGUGUAAAUAUUAACAUUUUUCAGGAGUGGUAUCUUUAUUGCUGGGUUUAGAAGGGGAGGGAAGGGAUCUGAAUUAGGGGUUUUGGCAUGUCUCUUUUUUUCAUCUUUCUCCUUUUCUUUGGUCAAAAAAAAGGAAGAUCAACAUGUCCCACUUCUUUUCUCAGUACUGUAGUCAAUUUCAGGUUUGGAAACCUGUAGUCUUUUUUUUUUUUUUUUUUUUUCCCUGACCGGUUUAAAUGGUUCUCUUCAGUCUAAUCCAAGCUGAAGCAUCUCACUUAACGAAUCCUUAAUUCAGCUCAAAUGGACAGCAGAGCUCUGGACUGCAGAGGUGUCCCCACCACUCCAUAUGCCAUGGAUCAGCGGACUCAAGUUUAGAAAUACUUUUUUUUUUUUUUUUUUUUUUUAAAUGGUCCCACUGUUUCCCCUUUUUACAUUGUAAUCGUUGAGCAAUAUGUGAUAGAACAUUUGUCUGUGAUAAGAAAUGAUUUGGAGAUGUAUUUGAUUUGCUCUGAUGUUUGGGGGCUUGGCUGGGUUCUGUUUGAAAUGGUUUUUCUCAGUGCUAAUGGUGACAGAAUGUUGAUGGCUCCAAAUUACGUUCCCAGAACAGAUCAAGGUGAAAAGGUGUUGGUAUAAAGGAAGGGCAAGCAUAGGUCAGAGAAACCCUGUGGCUUUUAUAGAUCAAGGGUACAUUUUUUUUUUUUUUUUUUUUUUUUUUUUUUUUUUCUUCUUCUUCUUUUUUUUUUUUUUCUUUUUUUCUUCUUGAAAAGUAAAUGGUUGUUUUCUCUCACAAUCAGUAAAAAGCUGCCCCCCUACACACUUUUGUAUGUGUAAAAUAAUGAAUAAAGCCAUACAAAUUUAGGUUUGCCAGUUAUACUUUCUCUCGUGUAUGCCAAGAUGCUCAAACCUUUCAUGUAUCUGAUAACCCAGCACCUGAAAUUCUGAAUGGAGCUGCGUGCAAGGCAACGUAGUGAUUGUAGGUAAUGUAACUGUAGUCUGAAUUGAGACAAAGGAAAAAUGCUGUUUAUGACAGGACUUUUUUUUUAACUGCUCCAAUAGAUCAUAGACUGAUUUGAUACUGAAUCAUAUCCUCAUUUAUUGGUUUUAUUUGUGCUGUUUUUGACAUGUAAACAAUUGGACUUGCUCAUUCGCUCAUGGCAUUGUGAAAUGUCAACCAGUGAAUGAGGCUCACAUCAUUCUUCCUUGUACACGGCCCCCCCCCAGUUUUAGGGGUUUUGUAAGGUUUCUUAAAAUGAGUGUGCACUGCGCACUAAAGACUAAAAUAAAUGUUAACCUCUCCCCCAAGAAAAGUUGCCAGUUUUAUAUGAAAAUAGUAGCCUGAGAUGCUGCUACCUUUAGCCGAGGGCUAAAUAUGUCCAUAUAGUUCUCCAUUUGGGGUUGGGUUAAAGGGAAGGGAGGGUAUAUCAGUUCAUUAAGGUAGAUUCAAUUUUGUAUGUCAGUGAUUUUUUUUUUUUUUUUCCCUCAACUGUUUUUUAUUCUAAUGUCUCUGUAUCCUUUAAUGCAUCUUGAUAAGAAAAGAAAUAAAGAUUUUUUUUCUUUGUGGUCAUACACCUUCCCCUUUUUCCUCUGAUUUUUAUCAGGUUAAUUUCACAGGCAAGCUUGCUUGUCCCGAGUGCCACUGUAUGGCAUGUGUUGAAUAUUUGUAUUAUAGUAUUAAGACUGUGUAUUAAAAUACGGAUUUUUCGAUUC